CGCCCUCCAAGAGAAGGAGAAGUGCCUGGUGUGGACUAUAAUUUUCUGACUGUGGAGGAGUUUCUGGAGUUGGAGAGAAGUGGGACCCUUCUGGAAGUAGGAACUUAUGAAGGUAACUAUUAUGGAACGCCCAAGCCUCCCAGCCAGCCCCUCAGUGGGAAAGUAACUUCCACCGAUGCUUUGCAAAACCUGCAGUCUGGCUCCAAGCAGUCAACUCCAAAGCGAACCAAGUCUUACAAUGAUAUGCAAAAUGCUGGCAUAGUGCAUACAGAGAAUGAGGAAGAGGACGAUGUACCUGAAAUGAGCAGUAGCUUCACAGCAGAGUCUGGUGACCAAGAGGAGCAUCAUACGCAUAUCGUAAGAGAGACAGGCCCACCGUCCGCGAUUGAUAGCCACACCAACGUUCCCACCACGGAACCAUCUCAGAACCUCCCUCAAUACCUACCUCCUCCUGUCGAGGAUAACCUAGGUCCUCUGCCGGAAAACUGGGAGAUGGCCUACACCGAGAACGGAGAAGUCUAUUUUAUAGACCAUAACACAAAAACAACAUCUUGGCUAGAUCCACGGUGCCUGAACAAACAGCAGAAGCCUCUAGAAGAAUGUGAAGAUGAUGAAGGGGUACACACGGAGGAACUGGACAGUGAACUAGAGUUGCCUGCUGGUUGGGAGAAAAUUGAGGAUCCCGUAUAUGGUGUCUACUAUGUAGACCACAUCAACCGGAAGACACAGUAUGAAAACCCAGUUCUUGAAGCAAAGAGGAAGAAGCAGCUUGAGCAACAGCAGCAGCCACCAGAAGGUUGGCACCACCGAGGGCUAACAUUUCCCUCUCUGCCCUCUCUAGAAUGGACAGAGGAGUGUCCAUCCCUCCCACCACCCGCUGCUCCAAACCAUGUUUCAAACAACCCAGAGGCAGCUCGGGAAGCACCAGUGCAAGGAAAACCUUUUUUUACAAGAAACCCUUCUGAGUUGAAAGGGAAGUUCAUCCACACCAAGCUAAGGAAGAGCAGCAGGGGUUUCGGCUUCACUGUCGUUGGGGGGGAUGAGCCGGAUGAAUUCCUCCAAAUCAAAAGUUUGGUGCUUGACGGCCCCGCAGCACUGGAUGGCAAAAUGGAAACAGGGGACGUCAUAGUCAGCGUGAACGAUACUUGUGUGCUGGGGCACACUCACGCUCAAGUUGUGAAAAUCUUCCAAUCCAUCCCCAUCGGUGCCAGCGUGGACCUUGAACUGUGCCGGGGCUACCCCCUGCCCUUCGAUCCCGAUGAUCCCAACACGAGCCUGGUUACGUCCGUGGCAAUUUUGGACAAAGAGCCGAUCAUUGUGAACGGGCAGGAAAAUUAUGACUCCCCUGCGAGCCACAGUAGUAAAACAGGGAAAGUAAAUGGCACAAAGGAAGCGAGACCCAGCAGCCCAGCUGAGGUCUCUUCCAACGGACCUCAUGGUUACCCCAAUGACACAGUCUCUUUGGCGUCUUCAAUAGCAACACAACCUGAACUCAUAACUGUGCAUAUAGUGAAAGGGCCUAUGGGCUUUGGGUUUACUAUAGCAGACAGUCCCGGUGGGGGUGGCCAAAGAGUGAAACAAAUCGUGGACAGCCCGCGGUGCCGCGGCCUGAAGGAGGGUGAUCUUAUAGUCGAAGUCAAUAAGAAGAAUGUGCAGAGCCUCACUCACAACCAGGUGGUGGAUAUGCUGAUUGAAUGUCCUAAGGGAAGCGAAGUCACGUUGCUGGUACAGCGAGGAGGACUGCCGGUCCCAAAGAAGAGCCCAAAGUCGCAACCACUUGAAAGGAAAGACAGCCAAAACAGUUCUCAGCAUAGCGUCUCCAGCCACCGCAGCGGGCACACCGCUUCCCCCGUUCACAGCACGCAGGUGCUGCCGGAAUACACUGCUGCUGAGGCGCCGGCUGCGGAUCAACCGGACGGUUCUGGGCAGAAAAAGCCAGAUCCAUUCAAAAUCUGGGCCCAGUCCAGGAGCAUGUAUGAAAGCCGACCUAUGUCACCUUCGCCUGCAACUGGACUGAGCAAGGGUGAGAGAGAGAGAGAAAUCAAUUCCACGAGUUUUGGAGAAUGGCCCAUUCCAGAUUACCAAGAGCAGGACAUCUUUCUAUGGAGAAAGGAAACUGGUUUUGGAUUUAGGAUUCUGGGUGGAAAUGAGCCUGGAGAACCUAUUUACAUCGGUCACAUUGUACCGCUGGGUGCUGCUGAUGCCGACGGCCGCCUGAGAUCGGGUGACGAACUGAUCUGCGUGGAUGGGACGCCUGUUGUCGGGAAAUCACACCAGCUUGUCGUCCAGCUUAUGCAGCAGGCAGCCAAACAAGGUCAUGUCAAUCUGACCGUCAGGCGCAAAGUGGUUUACACAGUUCCAAAGGCAGAGAAUGAAGUCCCAUCCCCAGCUUCUUCCCACCACAGCAGCAACCAGCCAGCCUCACUGACGGAGGAGAAGCGAACGCCGCAGGGCAGCCAGAACUCCCUCAACACCGUCAGCUCCGGCAGCGGCAGCACCAGCGGCAUCGGCAGCGGUGGCGGCGGGGGCAGCGGCGUGGUCAGCACUGUGGUCCAGCCCUACGAUGUGGAAAUCCGCCGUGGCGAAAAUGAGGGGUUCGGGUUCGUCAUCGUCUCGUCGGUGAGCAGGCCAGAGGCGGGGACGACAUUCGCGGGCAAUGCAUGUGUGGCCAUGCCUCACAAAAUAGGUCGGAUAAUUGAAGGGAGUCCCGCAGACCGCUGUGGCAAGCUGAAAGUAGGCGAUCGGAUCUUGGCCGUGAAUGGGUGCUCCAUCACCAACAAGUCGCAUUCAGACAUCGUCAACCUCAUUAAGGAAGCGGGAAACACCGUUACCCUGCGCAUCAUUCCAGGAGAUGAAUCUUCCAAUGCUACCUUAUUGACCAAUGCAGAAAAAAUUGCUACAAUUACAACCACACAUACUCCUCAGCAAAUACCACAGGAGACCAGGAACAACACCAAACCAAAGCAGGAAUCCCAGUUUGAUUUCAAACCGCCCCAAGCAGCACAGGACCAAGACUUUUACACUGUUGAGCUGGAAAGAGGAGCCAAAGGGUUUGGCUUUAGCCUGCGAGGUGGCCGGGAGUAUAAUAUGGAUCUGUACGUGCUGCGGCUAGCUGAGGAUGGUCCAGCUGAGAGAUGUGGGAAGAUGAGGAUUGGUGAUGAAAUCUUAGAGAUCAAUGGAGAAACUACCAAGAACAUGAAGCACGCUCGGGCCAUCGAACUGAUUAAAAACGGUGGCCGCAGGGUCCGCCUGUUUCUGAAACGUGGAGAUGGCUCUGUCCCAGAAUAUGCGAUGAUACCUCCUAAUAUCGCUGCAUGUAUGAGAAAUGACAAGCUCGGGGAGUCUUGCUUCUACCUUAUGGGCCAUAAUCAAACUACGACCCCAGCAGUGACAGGAACAGUCCCGCCACAGGUUCACAAAAUGUAUCGGAAAUGAAACCCGUGCCAUCCGACCGACAGCAGCACCCAUCAUCGGAGUCCAGUUAUCCACCAGACCUUCACAAAUCAUCACAACAUGGGGACAAGCGGACUUACGUUAGAGACCUAAAAGGCAGCAGAGAGUUUAGCAGACAUCCCAACGAACACCACACUUGGAAUGGGACUUCAAAAACCAACGACCACGUGCCAGGCAGGAGGACGGAGAGGUCGCCGGAGAAGAGGCGCGAGAGGCAGCCUGAGAGGGUGGUGGUGGUGGUGAAUGGGCAGAAGAGGAGGUCUCCUGAAAAGCGCAGGGAAGGGACGAGGAGCGCCGACAACACUUUGGAGAGGCGGGAGAGACACGAGAGGAGGAGAGACCUCUCCCCCGAGAGGCGCAGAGAGCGGUCGCCCAGCCGGCGCCGGCGGUCGCUGGAGAGACUCACGGAGCCGAGGAGAUCGCCCGAUCG